AUCCAAGAAGCAAAGGAAGAAGAAAGAAAGAAUCACCAUGCAGACCAAAUCCCUCCUCACUAUCCUCCUCAGCGCCGCUCUGGCUGCUGCGACCGUUGACCCGGCCAGCUCGAACACUAAGGGAAAGUGUCCGGGUACUUAUAACUGCUCUGCCGCCAAAACCUCCACCGCCAUCCAGGCAGCUGAGUGCUCCCACAACACUCGUACUUCCGGAACCCAAACCUUCGCCGUCUUCGUCACCGAUCACGAGUACGACUCCUCCUACGGCGCUCCCUACGGUACCUGCAAAGCGUACACUUGCACCGCGCCGACGGAUAGCGAGAUGACGGAUGAUGAUGAUGAUUGCUGGACGUUCUUUUGGAACGACAACGGCGAGUCCUCCGGCGUUGGAACCGGAUGCAUUCGCAGCCCUGAUGAUGGAACUUGUGGAUGUGAGGACUCUGAUGGAACUUUUGUUUAUGGGGGGUCGAACUGCUCUUAG